AAAAACAUCAAUUCGAGACUAUUGGAAUGGCUAAUGGCUAGAGCUCCGAUGACUACUACUCAACUACUAAUACCUACUACUACUGCAUCCGUCAAGGCAACAUACUUUCUCAAAAUAUUUUCCGAGAAAAUUCUGUUUGAAAAAGUGAGUUGAGUCGACCAGUUAUUCGCCAGGAUGUCCAACUCGAGCCAGAGCCUGAACAAUUGGCAAGUUAGAAACACCCAGCAUAUUCAAGGGCUAAAAGAAGAGAAAGAAGCAGUGAAACAAGAGCUUCAAUCAGUACAGAGAGACAAUGCAACACUCCAUCAAGAGCUCGAUGAGAUCAAAACGGAGAACCAGAGCCUCAAACUGCCCACCAAUGCCUUUAAAACAGCAGACGAGGUGAAAACCGCUGAAUUCUAAAAAUUCUGUAAUGCCAGGUGUGUUACGGGAUUAGUGAAACUCUCAUGUCGAUGGUAAUUAGCUAGGCUACUUUAACUCGACGGUAAGCAUUUUACUUUGCUGGACCACAUUUCUUCGUCUAGUGCAAGUGCCAGCUCCUGAAACCAGAAUAUACCAAGUCCGACACAUCAACAACGUGAAAGUCAGAGUUGAGACCCAGAAAUCACAAGACAAAUCCACCGAAUGUCACAGAUGUCAACUGUUUGGUCACGGCCAGUCGAAGUGCCAAG